AUGGGCAAGAUCCCAGAUCCAGCAGCAGAGAAAGUCUGGCUUGAAAAGUUCAAGAAGAGUGUUAUCCACUUAGAUCAAUGGCAACUUUGGGGAACUAACAACAACAAGCCACCACUCAAUCCAGAAACAAUAAUUAACCAAUAA